AUGUUAAGAGCUACAUCAUCAAUACAAAGAGCUGGUACAAGAUCUUUGGCGACUCAAUCUUUCAACUACCAAGUACCACAAGAAUAUGUAUCAAGAACUCCACCAUAUUCAAAAUUGAUUGAUAAAUUGUUAACGGUUAAAAAAAUAGUGAAACAACCAUUAACUUUGGCUGAAAAAAUACUAUAUUCUCAUUUAUAUGAUGUCGAGGAAAGUUUAACGUCAUCAAACGUAGGGGAUAUAAGAGGUCAACAAUAUUUAAAAUUAAGUCCUGAUAGAGUAGCUAUGCAAGAUGCUUCCGCUCAGAUGGCUCUUUUGCAAUUCAUGACAUGUGGAAUGAGCUCAACAGCUGUUCCAGCUUCCAUACAUUGUGAUCAUUUAAUUGUUGGUAAAGAUGGAGCAUCUCAAGAUUUAACUAAAUCAAUUGCAACAAAUAAAGAAGUCUUUGACUUCUUACAGAGUUGUGGUGAGAAAUACGGUAUACAGUUUUGGGGACCAGGUUCAGGGAUCAUUCAUCAAAUUGUAUUGGAAAAUUUUUCUGCUCCAGGUUUAAUGAUGUUGGGUACAGAUUCACAUACACCAAAUGCUGGUGGUUUAGGUGCCAUUGCUAUUGGUGUAGGUGGAGCUGAUGCUGUUGACGCUUUAACUGGUACUCCGUGGGAAUUAAAAGCCCCCAAAAUAAUGGGUGUUAAAUUAACUGGUAAAUUGUCAGGAUGGACUUCACCAAAAGAUGUAAUUACAAAAUUAGCAGGAAUUUUGACUGUAAGAGGAGGUACUGGAUACAUUGUUGAAUAUUUUGGUGAAGGUGUAUCGAAUUUAUCGUGUACCGGAAUGGCCACUAUCACUAAUAUGGGAGCUGAAAUUGGUGCAACAACCUCUAUAUUCCCAUAUCAAGAAGCACACAAAAGAUACUUGGCCCAAACUAAUAGAGAACCUAUUGCAAAUGCUGCAGAUGAAGUUAAUAAACAGUUUAAAUUUUUACAAGCUGAUCAAGGUGCAGAAUAUGAUAAAGUUAUAGAAAUUAAUUUGUCGGAGUUGGAACCACAUGUUAAUGGACCAUUUACACCAGAUUUAUCAACACCAAUUUCGAAAUUUGGUGAAACUGCUGAAAAAGAAGGUUGGCCAGAAACUGUUUCAGCUGGUUUAAUUGGAUCAUGUACAAACUCAUCAUACCAAGAUAUGUCAAGGGCUGUCUCAAUCAUAAAACAAGCUGAGAAUGUAGGAUUAAAACCUAAAAUUCCAUUCUUUGUAACUCCAGGAUCAGAACAGAUUAGAGCAACAAUAGAGAGAGAUGGUUUAAUAAAUACAUUUGAAAAGAAUGGAGCAAUAGUGUUGGCUAAUGCUUGUGGUCCAUGUAUUGGUCAAUGGGAUAGACAAGAUGUUUCAAAGACUUCAACCGAUUAUAAUGCUAUUUUUACAAGUUUCAAUAGGAAUUUCAGAGCAAGAAAUGAUGGUAACAGAAAUACAAUGAAUUUCUUGACGUCACCAGACAUGGUUACGGCGAUGAUAUAUUCAGGAGAUGUAAAUUUCAAUCCAAUUACUGACUCAAUUGAAUUGGCCAAUGGUGAAAAAUUCAAGUUUCAACCACCUCAAGGUGAAGAUUUACCUCAAGAGGGUUUCAUUAAAGGUAGAGAAGAAUUUUAUCCUGAAGCUAACCCACAACCUAAACCGGAAAUAGCUGUCAGCGUUAGCCCUGAGUCAGAUAGAUUACAAUUAUUAGAACCAUUUGAACCUUGGUCAGGUGAAGAAUUAGCCACUAAUGUUUUACUUAAAGUUGAAGGCAAAUGUACUACAGAUCAUAUCUCAGCAGCUGGUGUCUGGUUAAAAUAUAAAGGACAUUUAGAAAACAUCUCAUAUAAUACUUUAAUUGGAGCUGUAAACAAGGAAACUCAAGAAGUAAAUAAGGCUUAUGACUUGAAUGGUGAUCAAUAUGGAAUUCCAGAAUUAAUGAUGAAAUGGAAAGCAGAUGGAAGACCAUGGAUAGUUGUAGCUGAACAUAAUUACGGAGAAGGAUCUGCUAGAGAACAUGCUGCUUUAUCACCAAGAUUUUUAGGAGGUUCAAUAAUACUAGUUAAAUCUUUCGCUAGAAUUCAUGAGACAAACUUGAAAAAACAAGGUAUGUUACCAUUGACUUUUGCUAAUGAAUCAGAUUAUGAUUUAAUAUCAGCUGGAGAUUUGAUUGAAACUGUCGAUUUGAAAAAUAUGAUUGAACAAAAUGGAGAUAAUGGGGGAACAUUAAAAUUAUUAGUUACUAAACGCGAUGGAUCGAAAUUUGAAAUUAUAGCUAAGCAUACUAUGUCGAAAGAUCAAAUAGAAUUCUUCAAAGCCGGUUCUGCUAUCAACUAUAUUGGAAAUCAAAAAAGACUUGAGGAGCAACGAACUGCUUAA